GAAGUGAAAAAUGGAAGAAAUGAAAUUGUUGGGUUUUGGGCAAGUCCUUUUAGUGUAAGAGUUGAGAUUUCUCUGAAACUCAAGGGUAUUCAAUAUGAGUAUAUUGAAGAAGAUCUAUCAAACAAGAGUGCUACACUUCUCAAGUACAAUCAUGUAUAUAAAAAGAUUCCUGUACUUUUACACAAUGGAAAGCCAAUUGCUGAGUCUCUUAUUAUUCUUGAAUAUAUUGAUGAAACUUGGAAAAAUGAUACCCCUCUCCUACCAAAAGAUCUUAAUCAAAGAGCCAUGGCACGUUUCUGGGCUAAUUUUUUGGAUGAAAAGUGUUUGCCAGAGAUGAAGAAACUUUGUUAUGAGAGCAACAAUGAAGUAAGGGAGAAAGCCAGGGGAGAACUUCAUGAACUCCUUAAACUUCUUGAGAAUGAAAUUAUUAAAGAUAAGAACUUCUUUGGAGUAAAUAGAGUUGGAUACAUUGAGAUUGUUUCAAUUCUGAUAACUUAUUGGCUUGGAGUUAUUCAAGAAGCGUUGAAAGUGGACAUAUUGACGAAAGAGGAAUUUCCAAAUAUAUGUGCCUGGGCUGAAAAUGUGAUAAGCUGUAACUGUAUGAAGGAAAAUCUGCCACCUAGAGAAAAAUUGCUUGCAUUUUACAAAAUGUACGUCAAACCACUAAAUGUUGCCGUUUAAAGAAUGUUCUCUGUAAACAAAUAGAGAUAAUAUGACUAUGUAAUGAAAUCCUCGAGAUGAUGUAUGUGUUGGUUUUUCCCGUAGAAUUGUAUUGUGUCUUUGCAAUGGUGAAUAAAUCUUUUUCCUUCUGCUUC